AAAAGAGAAGAAAUAGAAAUUUCAAAUUCUCUAAUCUAUUUUUGUCUCAAACCCUCUAAGCCAGAAGGUCCAGAACCGAAUCGUUCAAUCCAUCCUUGCGUAGGACUUGACGGGAAAGCUCAAAAGUGGACGUGACAGGAAACUCACGCCUUCGUAUUCGCCGUUGGCCGAGGACUUGACGGGAAAGCUCAAAAAUGGACCUUCUCACCAAACCAUUAAUUAACAUGUUAAUCUUUCUAUCUAAAGUCAACUGAUCCAUCCCUUAAUAUUUAAUCCCACACCAAAUUCCAAACGUCUGAUUAUGAUUGGAAAUUCGUGGAAUCAGAAUCUAGAGACUAGAACUUCGAAGAAAUUGCACGCUUCCACACCCUCCCACAAGCUUUGCGUUGGAAAGCCAUAAAGGAAGAGGAAGAUUACAGAAUGAGCAAGAGACCUCCGCCGGACCCGGUAGCUGUGCUCAGAGGCCACCGUGCAUCUGUUAUGGACGUCUGUUUCCAUCCCUCCAAGAACAUACUGUUCUCUGGGGCUGCAGAUGGUGAAUUGCGCAUUUGGGAUAGUGUACAGCGCCGGACAAUUUCAUCUGCAUUGGUGCAUAAUGCAGCACACGGGAUUAUUGGUCUUGCGGCUAGUCCUUUGAUUGGAGACGACAAAGUAUCAGGGCAGGGAUGGAACUGUGAAGUAUUGGGAUAUUGGAGAUGGGAUCUCUCCAGGAAUCCAUUAGUUACAAUUAAAACAAACUCUUACCAUUUCUGCAAGCUUUCAUUGGUAAAGAAAUUUGCCUUUGGCCCAUGCCAAACUGGAGUACCAGAGAAUUGCCAAGAUGCAGAGGGUGGGGAAACUACAUUUCAAGGAAAUCAAAUGGAGAGUAUAGAAGAUAGUGAGCAAGUAAAAGGACCAAAAUAUGUUGCUGUUUCAGGGGAGCAGUCUUCUGUGGUUGAGCUUUGGGAUCUAGCAAGUGCUGAGAAGUUUCUGCAACUACCUCAUUUGUCUUCUGGCUUGCCUAACACAACUACGAAGGCUAGAGGAAUGUGCAUGGCGCUUCAAGCAUUUUUAUCUCCUGAAUCACAGGGCUACCUAAAUGUUUUGACCGGAUAUGAGGAUGGUUCCAUGGCUUGGUGGGAUGUAAGGAAUCCAGGGGUUCCAAUGAAUUCUGUUAAGUUUCAUAAAGAACCAGUUUUGAGCCUUUGUAUUGAUGGGGCAUGCAGUGGUGGUAUCUCUGGAGCUGCUGAUGAAAAACUUGUGUUUUUCUCUUUGGAUUAUCAAUUGGGAUCAGCACUGGUCAAGAAAGAAAUUACAUUGGAGCGACCUGGAAUAGCAGGAACAUCAAUCCGGCCAGAUGGCAAAAUUGCUGCAUUUGCUGGCUGGGAUCACCGAGUCAGGGUUUACAAUUAUCGGAAAGGAAUUGCAUUGGCCAUAUUGAAAUAUCAUCAUGCCACGUGUAAUACUGUUUCGUUCUCCGCUGAUAGCAAAUUAUUAGCCUCCUCGUCAGAAGACACAACUGUGGCAAUGUGGGAACUGUAUCCUCCUCAAACUGUCACUUGAAAUCCGGUCGUACGGACAGACAUUCAAUGGUUUUAAUCAGCAAAUAUUAUUAAUGUGAUUUCGACUUUGUGUCCUCCGCGUCAAACAUUAACGCAUUUUGUUUCUUUUUUUUUUUUUUUUUUACCUGUUUUAUGUGCUCUAAUCUAAGAUUUUAGGAUGCUAAAUGCAGUUGGCUACUUCUACCGGCCAUGUAUAAUUAAUACUCAACGCUGGAUGUUAUGGAAGCUCUGUUUUGAUGGUAAAAAAUAA